CGAUCCACACCACCUAGCUGCUCUUCAUAGAACCGGUCGUACCCUCAUCCACGCCACCAUCCAUUCGACUCGCGAGCCCCGUGAUUCUAGAAGGCGGGGAUCCUCGAGUCUGGGCAGAACUGAGAACGACAGGGACGAGAAUACCCUCAUCUAGCCCGCUGACCGUGCCAAUCCCAGGAUGUCGUCGACACCAUCCGGGUCGAGCGACGACACAGCAGCGGCCAAUCCAAAGUCGCCCCGAGGUGGCUCUGAAUCUCUGGGCUCACAACCAUUCAUCUAUCCAAUUCGCAGCGCCGUAUCAGUCAAGCCACGUACGCCUGGCUCAGCCGCGGUAGGCAGUGAUGGGCCGCCAACUCCACGUUCUCCGCUGUCGCAGGAGGCCUCAAUUUCUGACUUGAGGCGCUCCAGCACUCGCUCGUCGUACGGAUUCCCUGCGCCGCACCCUAAAAAGAUCUCGAAUGGCCCACCAGUCCGUGAUGAGUCCCAGUCUGGCCAGUCGAGCAAGCACAGCGAGACGACGUCCUCUGUCAAGACAGAGUCCGAGACAGAUGAUGUGGAGAAGGUCCCAUUGAACGGGCCGGACACGACUGCGACAGAAGAGCUCAAUGAUCGGGAGAAGGAAGAGCUCGAAGAGAGGACGCAGAUGAGAUUCAAGCAUGUCGAGACGGAUGAGGGACACAUGGUCGUUACUGGGCGAGAUGGCGUGCUGCUUCGAUGCGAGGAUGAGCCGAUUCACAUCCCCGGUGCCGUGCAGUCCUUCGGAUGCAUGGUCGUCUUGAGAGAGGAAGGUGAUGGAUCGCUGGUCGUCCGACAGGCAUCGGAGAACACGGCGAGCAUCAUCGGUAUGACGCCCAGUCACCUCUUCAAGCUCGAUUCAUUCCUCGAUUGCCUCGAAGACGACCAGGCCGAUUUGCUGUGGGACACCAUUGAGUCUCUUGAAGAAAGCGAAGAGGCGCUGACCGAAUCGGGCCCACAAGUCUUCCAGCUGUCUGGCUUCGGUCAGCCGAGUGAUGGCGUGGGCAAGGCGAGAGCCAGGAUGCACUGGCAGUGCUGGUGUGCGGCGCAUCGCUCCCUCAAAGCGCCUGAGAACAGCAAACACCCGGGUCAAGUCACCAUCCUCGAGUUCGAGCCAAUGGUCGACCGUCAACAUCCGCUCUCCUUUGUCUCGCCGGCGAGCUCUAGUCCGCAGACACCUGGAGGCUCCGAUUCCGAUCGGACAGAAACAGACAGCGUUGCCACAAUUGCUACGACCGACCCAGACAGCGGCGAGACGGAGUUCAGCCAAGCUCAGACUAUCAUGAAGGGUGCCAAGGCGGAGCGCGGCGGUCUUGAUGGCAUGCCGUACGUACCCACAGUCGAGCAGAUUCGCGAGUCCACCGUAUCGACUUCGAAGCCCAUCAAGGCGCUCUCGCGUUUGCGGCAGAAGGCCGGGGAGAGGACAGAUAAGAGGCCGCGGCCGAGAAGAGCGCCAGAACAGGGAGGCGGUCCUGGCAUGCCCCCGCCUCACGUUGCGAGCGGCGAGGAUGCGGUGCUUGACAUGUUUGGAAUCUUGACCCAGAUCAACGAGCAGUUGACCGCGCAAACGGAUCUGCAGAGCUUCCUGAAGGUCGUCGUGAGCAUUGUUCGCGAACUGACCGACUUUAGCCGCGUCAUGGUCUAUCAAUUCGACGACCAAUGGAACGGGCAGGUUGUCUGCGAGCUCGUCAACAUCAGAGACACGCACGACCUGUAUCGCGGGCUCAACUUUCCUGCCACAGAUAUCCCCAAGCAAGCCCGCGACUUGUAUCGUAUCAACAAGGUCCGCCUUCUCUACGAUCGAGACCUGCCCAGCGCUCGAAUGGUCUGCCGAGAUCAGAGUGAUCUCAAGACACCUGUCGACAUGACCCACUCGUUCCUGCGAGCCAUGAGUCCCAUUCACGUCAAAUACCUCGCCAAUAUGGGCGUGCGAGCGUCGAUGAGUUGCUCGAUCAUGGCCUUCAAUCAGCUGUGGGGUCUCAUCGCCCUUCACACGUACGGCGAGCACGGUCAUCGAGUGGCAUUUCCCAUGCGCCAGCUCCUGCGCCUCAUCAGCGAUUCGGUAUCGCGCAAUAUCGAGAGGCUUAGUUACACGCGACGACUGCAGUCAAGGAAGCUCAUCAACACGCUUCCGACUUCGGGGGCGCCGUCUGGCUAUAUUCUCACCAAGGCAGAAGAUCUCCUCGAGCUGUUCGACGCCGAUUUCGGAGUCAUUGCCAUCGGGUCAGAAUGCAAGAUCCUUGGUAGCAUGUCGGCCAGUCAGGAGGUACUUGCAUUGACCGAGUACCUGCGACUGAAGGCGUUUGCGACGAUCGUCAGCACGUCCAAUACUGCUCGCGACUUCCCCGACAUGUCGUUGCCAGAGGGACUCGAUCUAGAAUUCCUCUCGGGCGUCCUUUACAUCCCACUGUCGGAGGCAGGCGCCGAUUUCAUCGUUUUCAUCCGCCGGGCCCAGACGAGGACAGUCAGCUGGGCGGGUAAGCCUUUCAAGGAGGGCAAGGAGGGCAAGGCAUCGCUCGAGCCGCGCAAGUCAUUCAAGCUUUGGAACGAGACGGUUACUGGAACAUGUCGAGCGUGGAAGGACGAAGAGCUUGAAACGGCAUCAGUCCUUUGUCUGGUGUACGGCAAGUUCAUCACGGUGUGGAGGAGUAAAGAGGCUGCGAUGCAGGUCAACCAGCUCAAUCGUCUUCUGCUGUCCAACGCCAGCCACGAGGUCAGAACGCCGCUGCAUCACCUAGUCUCCUACCUUGAGUUGGCGCUCGAUGGCCCGCUUGACCCUGAGACGCGCGAAAAUCUCAAUCGCGGGCGCAUAGCCUCCAAGUCGCUCCUCUUCACCAUCAACGAUCUCCUCGACAUCUCUCGUGCCGAGCAAGGCAAGCAACUCUUCCUCAAGGAGCCCUUUGAUCUGGCAGAGUCGGUGCGAGAGGCCGUCGAGAUGCACGAGUGGGAGGCGAAACGACGCAAGAUCAACUUCAAGGUGUCAACGAAGCCCAAGACAUGUCUGGUGCUCGGAGAUCGCAAUCGUCUGCGUCAGGUCUUGGUAAAUACGACGACAAAUUCGCUACACCACACGGGCGAGGGUGGCAAGAUCAUUGUCGAGAUGAAGCGACGGCACAAGGAGGAGGCAACACUUGCUCUGCCGGAAGGCUGCGACGUCGAGGUCGAGCUGUCGAUUACGGACACGGGAUCAGGCAUCCCUCGCGAGAAGCUCGAGGCCAUCUUUCGCGAGUUCGAGCAAGUCGAGUCGGUCAUCCCGCAAGAUUCGCAAAAUGAUUCGGUAUUGGACAGCAGGCGAAGCAGCGACGGCAGUACCACUGUGGGAGCAGACUCCGAGGAGGCCAAGCGAGCGCGUGAUCUGCUCGACGAUGAGCGCUUGUUGGGCCCAGAGGGGCCAAGCAAGGCGCGUCAAGGCUCCUCUCAAAGCGGGCUGGGAGUCGGUCUCGCUGUUGUUGCUCGCAUCAUCCGAAACCUCAAUGGCCAGCUGCGCGUCGACUCAACUGUCGGCGUCGGGUCGCGCUUCACUUACGUCGUCCCGUUCCAAUCGACGGAUGGCGCUCAGGCGAAAAAGAGGGAGACCGUGGAGUCGGGAGAGCAGUCAAAACGCAUGACUCGCUCUAACUCACAAGGCAGUCUGGGCACAGUAGCUACCAAUAGUUCUGGGAUGGGCAGCGAGCUCGAUAGCCUGGUCGAGGCCAUCGGCGCCCCACCAGUCCGCAAGGAUCGCCGACGGUCCACCGAAGACAACAUUGGCAAAAAGGCUGAGGCAGUCAGCGGCCCUCGUGGUGCAUCUGCCAUACAGAGCCGCCGCCCGUUUGAGAUCGACGGUCAGCGAGAGGUCGCAGGAUCUCGGGUGCCACUGCGUGCCAGCAAGAUCGACCCUCACACGCUCGAUGGAGGCAGCCAGGCCAGCGACGACUCGAAGCCCUCGGCAGGGUCGCGCGACCGCGAGCCCAGUGGCUCUUCUCUGCUAUCGCGACCCAAGGCAAGAGACUCGGUCGCACCCCUCGCAUCGCCCUCGGUCAACAGCGAAGGGAAAGACAGCUUCGUGUCAGUCCAGUCGCGAUUCAGCGCUCGAGCCCUGCGGCGCAGCAACAACAGUACGCCCACGCCCAAGCUCAAGGCGGCACGAGAGCCUGUCUCUCCUUUGCGGGCGCUCGUGGUCGAAGACGACCCGAUCAACCGCACAAUUCUCAAGAAGCGCCUCAGCAUGGACGGACACACGGUGUUGCUGGCCAUGAAUGGCGAGGAGGGCUUCCGAACGUUCGAGUCACGCUCUAACGAGAUCGACUGUGUGCUCAUGGAUCUGCAGAUGCCCAUUUGCAACGGCCAGGACUCGUGCAAGCGUAUCCGCGCCUUGGAAAGGGAACGCGGUGCGAAGGAGGGCGGUAAUGCGGAUCGUCCCGCUUCACACGUCCUGAACGGCCGCGUACCCAUCUUUGCCGUGUCUGCUACGCUGACACCUGCAAUGCGUGGCGAAAUGGUCGAGAUAGGUAUGGACGGCUGGAUUCUCAAGCCCGUGGACUUUUCUCGACUCAGCAUCCUUCUCCGUGGCGUGACGGAGAAGGAAAAGCGCGAUAGCGAGCAAUGGACUGCGGGCAAGAAUUGGGAGAAGGGAGGGUGGUUCGGUGCACCUCAAGCGGGCGCCUGAUCACCUGGCUGAGACAACAUUACCUCGAGAGGACCGGGGACCACGCCAGCAUUUUUACACAUCGGCCAGAUAUCAACGGAGGAUUCCUUGUACUACCUUACCUAUGCAGGCAUUUACGCAUCAGGAGAGACCCUA